UCAUCUAUUUUCUAGGGUUUUGAAAGAUUUUGAAGUCUGCUCCCUCCACUCCGCCCCGCUCCCAAUUCGAUACCCCAUACUCCAACCUUUUCGCUCGGAGUAGUGCUUGCUCUCGUCUUCUCCCCGUCGGCGGUUGCCAUCCUCUUCGGCCAGCGGCGGAGGGUGCCCCCCUGACGAACACCGGGCAGCGACGGGAUCGGCGUUGCCGCGGGCGGUGAUCGUGUUUUCCUCUGGAGGCUAUCUCGGUCUCCAUGGACCCCCAGAGCCACCCGCCACCCCCUGGCGAACCUUCCGCGGCCGCAGCCGGAACUUGCGCUUGUGACUGCCGUUGCUGCGGUCGUGCCUCCCUCGACUCCGACGCUUGGGUCCCCUCACUGAAGCGGAGGAUGGACGAGAUGGAGGCGGCGACGCCCUCCGUCUCGCCUGCUGCCGUGGAUGACGGCGUUGUCAGGGUGGAGAUCGCGGACGAGGCGGCGGCCGUCUGCGGCCACCUGCAGUCGAUCCAGGAGCUGCGUACGGAGCUGGAGGAGGAGAGGAGCGCGGCGGCGUCAGCCGCGUCGGAGGCCAUGUCGAUGAUCCUCCGGCUCCAGCGCGAGAAGGCCGAGGUCCAGAUGGAGGCGCGCCAGUUCAAGGGCUUCGCCGAGGAGAAGAUGGCGCACGACCGGCAGGAGAUCGCCGCCCUCGAGGACCUCCUCCUGAAGUAUGACGAGACCAUUCUCUCCCUCUCCUACGAGGUCGAAACCUACCGCCACCGCCUCUUCAGCUCCGGCAUUGGUGUUUCCGAUGCCCCUGCAUCCGAGCCAGAGUCUCCAGAUGAGGCCACCACUGCCGACGCCCAAUUCGACUUCUCAUGCGGCGACUACCCUCCAUUAAGAUCCACCUUGUCCGCCGACGAUGCUACUAUCGACACGUACAAGUACCCAUUCGGGGAGACCCCCCGUGAGCACCUCAAUAAGCUCGAAGCACGCAUCUCCCAGCUCGAACGGAUGCCAAGCUGUGGCCAAAUGAGUAACGUGGUAGACAAAAUGGUUGCCAUGGGGCAUUCGCCUCACCGGCCGAUUCAUAUUAAGAGACUCUCUGUUGACAGCUAUGGUUCAAGCCUGGAGUUCAAUAAGGGGGAGGAGUUCCCAAUUACCAUGGACCUUUCUUCUGAUUGUGGUGUACAGGAUGACAUGAGCGACAGGGUAUAUACAAUAGACACAAUGCACAAGGCGGCUGAAGACUAUGUCAGCCUGGCAAGGGUGGUUCAUAACGAGAAGGAUACGAAUGGUAGUGACGAGGAAGCAGAGAUAAGAAACCUUCGCUUGAGGCUUGAGGCUCUCGAGGCAGAUAGGGAGUCCAUGAGAAAGACCUUAAUCUCUAUUGCUACUGAUAAGACUCAAGUGGUCAUGCUGAACGACAUUGCUCAGCAUCUCCACGAUGAUGCGUCUUCUGAGAAGAUUGUCAAGAAACAGCCUUUUCUCAAAAGGUUCUCACUCAUGUUAAUCAUUAAGGCUGCGGUAUCAUUUGUGUUUCAGAGAAAGAGAUCAUCUCGAAUCAGGUAUAGUUUUGGGCUAUCAGCAAAUAAUGCUGGCUUGCUGCUGCUUUUGGACAGGGCUGCUCGAAUGAGGCAUCAGAGAUUUCUUACGAAAACCCAAGGAGAGCUUCCAACUUUUCAUACACAGCCCAAGUCAUCAUCUCAGCAUGUAAAUUCUUAAGAGAAUCCGAGUGACAUUAUCACAUUUUCCGAUGGCAUUCUUUCCUGGUUUAAUAUGAUAAUGUUGGAACCUUUGAUCAAGAUAUUAAAAGUGUCCAAAUCAGGUACACAGUCUUCCACUUUCAUCCUAGAGAAAAGGCCUCCCUUGUUUUCAUCAUAACAUUGAAGGUUUCGGUAUCCAAAGCAUCAACUCUUCUAUCAAG